GCCUGGUACACUGAACUGAUAAUUUUGGUCGUCGUCUUCCUCUGUCGAUGACUCGAUGUCGUCUGAAUCUGUACAUCUGUUAAAACUUUGAACAUAUUAAUUUUGCCUUUAAAAUUGUAUAAAAUAUAUUUUAAGAUGUCUGAUUUAGUUACAGUGAGUAAAGUAGUCUGGGAUGACUUAGUUGCAGCCAAAGAAGAAUUAGGAAAGGUGAAACAAGAAUUGGCUCAAAAAGAGAAGGAGUUGCUGGAUAUCAUGCCCUUAUUAAGUAUCAGGAAAGAAUUGGAGAGCUUCGAAUGUCUAAUUGUACCAGAAUUGAAAGAUCCACAAACAGUUUUUACUCACCCACUGCUCGCCGGAUUGAAGAGUACCGGUCAGCUUUUCGACUAUCACGAGGGAAAAUGGAUUGUAAUUUUAUCUAAAACCACAGAUCCCAGAGUUGUAAGCCUGAAAUCAUUAUUAUCUACCGAGGGUAUAGCGGAAGACAUAUUUUGCCGCAGCAUGGCUAGUUUCUUUAUUUAUAGUUCAGCUUUUAUUCAUGUACGAGUACCUUCGAUUAAGAAGUAUUCGGAAAAGAAGAUGAGGCAUGCUUUGACUACUAAUUUUUCAAUUCAUGAUGAUGUAACAUUGCGAUGUAUAACAAAAGUACUGAUGAAAUUAUCGUAAACAUGUUGCGUUUUUCUUUUUUCAUAUAAUUGUUCCUUUUCUUUGUUCUGGAUAGAUCAAAGAUGUGAAUAUAAUAUGGUUCGGUUAUUAAAACUUGUUUGAUUAAUUAACCUAUCAUUCGUUGGCUGUUACACUUUGUUAAAAUGAUUAUAUAUUUCAGAUGUAUAAGAUGUAAUUAUGUUCGUCAUUCAACUUUCAUACUUCAUAGCUGAGUUUUGUUUUGCUCUUGUAAAUAUACCAAUAUAUUAAAUUGUACCUGUAAA